AAGGAUAAAAAGGUUUUCGGUUUUCAAGAGGGAGAUGGUUCUAUGACCGUUGUAGUGGAUGAAGAGAUAAUCUCAAGGGUCGACGGAGCAGUCGAGAAAGUUGAGGGUUCGUCAGAUGUUUAUGCAGGUGGGCUUACCGUAGGAGACAUUGGUGUCGAUCAAGACGCGAAUGUCUGUUAAUAAAAAGACGGUGAUGUCCAACUCGUAGGCAUAUGACGAAAGGCAUACAGAAAUGUUAUUCUGGGUGUAUUCGUAAUGCCAAAACUUUUUUUUUGUGCAAAUCCAUUUGGGUAGACCACUCCGAUCCGGCUGAACCGAUCCGAUUCCUCAAAUCAUGGUGACGCUAGAAGGACCAUUUUCAGAAACAAAUAAAGGGGAAAAACCUCGCGCCUAAACCGAAACCCUCUUUCGAAAGAGAAAAAAAAGGGCUAAACCAUCCCUCGACUCUCUCGACCUGACCUCACAAGUCAUAACCAUCAACAAGGCACACUCUUCCCCUGAAUCGCCGUUGGAGGAGCACGUCUUCCCCGCGAUCAGUCGGCCUUCCUCCGGAGGCUCACUUAGCAAACAGUGGCAGGUCAGCACAGUAAUGAGACAACGCAUUCCAAUGUCUAAGUACGAGAGAAGAGGUUAGCACAGACAUCAUCUUUCUGUCCGCCCUCUUCACCAUUUGCAGCAGACUGCCCUUAUUCUUCUCCGCCCUCUUCUAAUGACCCAUUUUGCGAAGAUCUGAUAUUAUAGCUGGAACUUUUAAGUUUGAACGAUUAUGGAAUUGAUAGGCUUGACGGUCGUACAAGGAAUCAGUUGAGACCACUUGCCUGUACCCGCAAUAUUCUUAACCGAGCUCAUGGUUCAGCUCGUUGGUGUCAAGGUGAUACAAUUGUUCUGGCUGCCGUCUAUGGGCCAAAAGGAGGAACAAGGAAGAAUGAAAACCCUGAGAAGGCUUCCAUUGAGGUAAUCUGGAAGCCCAGAACUGGGCAGGUGGGCAAAGCAGAGAAGGAGUUUGAGAUGAUACUGAAAAGAACCUUGCAAAGUAUCUGUGUUUUGACCAUUAAUCCAAACACCACAACCACUGUCAUACUUCAGGUUGUCAAUGAUGAUGGUUCACUUCUCCCAUGUGCCAUAAAUGCAGCCUGUGCUGCCCUCGUGGAUGCUGGAAUUCCUUUAAAGCAUCUUGCUGUUUCUAUUUGUUGUGCUCUGGCAGGAAGUGGAUCUGUUAUUCUGGACCCCACCAAGCUAGAAGAGCAGCAGAAAAUGGAGGCUUUCACCUAUUUGGUCUUUCCCAAUUCAGUUCUUUCAGUGCUCCCAGAAGGAUCAUUACAAGUUGAUGGAGAAUUAAUGGAACAUGGGAUCAUUACCUCUGUUACCCAUGGUGUAAUCUCUGUGGAUGAUUAUCUCUACUGCUUAGAACGGGGUCAUGCUGCUAGUGGAAAGAUCUCUGAUUUCCUUAGGAGAAACUUGCAAUCACAAGUUCCAAGUGACCCAUCGAAGGCUGCAUAGCGUCUGACUUAUUUGUAUUGAUAAGGUGACUGGAAUAUACACUCACAGACCUUGGGUUAACUGUUGGUGGGGAUGCCGCCUUUGUUGAUGCUGCUUCUAUGCUUUAUUGGAAGCAGUAUCUUCGGAUGUAGGAGGUUUCAGGUAAUACCUCUACCAUUGUAUUUGUGUCAGACCAGUGUUGGGUAUUUUUCCUGCAUAUUUCUUGCUAUUCUAGGCAUAUGAUGAGGAUAAAUCUAAAUAGCACCCGAUUUUGUGAUUUAGACUUUA